CCUGCUUCGUUUUAUUGCUUUAACGAGCUUGCCUUAGUGCAGUUGGAUUGUGAACAAAACCAUGUCGUUUGAGUCUUCGGUCAGUGAUUCCACUGAUACUUUAUAACAGUUUUAAACGUAGCUAUGUGAUUUCUAUCAUCGUGGUAACGAAGAACCCUGAAAGAUGCCGCAGAAAACGCUGGGAUCCAUUGUAGGUCUACUUUGUACAGGGACGUGUUUGGCACAGGGUAAGGAGUUCUGUUUUGGUGUAAACAAUGAGAAAUACAGAUGUGACAUGGGCUAUUGUUGUGGAGAGACAGAGUGCUGCACGUACUACUACGAGCUUUGGUGGUUCUGGCUGGUAUGGACUCUCAUCAUCAUGCUGAGCUGCUGCUGUGCAUACCGUCACCGGCGCGUGAAGAUGCGUCUGCAACAGGAGCAGCGUCAGCGGGAGAUCAGCCUGAUGGCCUACCAGGGCGCCUCAAGCUCCUUCACCUCUCCACCGCCACUCAACUUCCGUUUCUGGACAGACUGCAAGCUCCCUGAUUAUGAGGAAGUGGUAGCUCAUCCCCCCACCCCUCCUCCACCUUACUCUGAGAUGCCUCCCGAAAUCUCACUCUCCGCCCACCCAUCCAUCACUCAGUCUGAGUCAGCUGUACUAUUGGAGCCCCCCCUGGAAGCGGUGCAGGCUGAGAGCUUGGCUCCUGAUUUACCGGAGCCAAACCCGGUGGCAGCCGCAGGCCAGUCGGAGCCCGGGGCGGAUGGAGAGCUGGAUGAGACCUUGGAGGAGGAGCUGAACACUCGGCGGAGGCAUGUGACAGGCGACUCGGGCAUCGAAGUGUGCGUGUGCCAAUUGGACGCGGACGAGUGCUCUGGUCCAGAGGAGGAUGAAGGCAGGGUCUGCCAGGUGGCUGGCAGCGGUGGUGGGUGCUGCCUCGAACACCAGGUCCUCAGGCCCAAGCCCUCCUGCACAGCCAGUGGAGAGCGUCUGGUCUGAGUCACACAGUACCGUGUUCAACGCUUCCAGCAAUAAGCAGGGAUGACGCUCAAAGGGAUGACAUACAAGGCACCGACUGAAGUCUUUUGACAUUCUGAAUGAGAAAUUUUCACCUGCAUCAGCAUCGAUGAUUGCAGAUUUUUUUCAAAUUCUCUCAAGGAGGUUUUCUUUAUUUUGUGUGGCUAAAGUUUCCUGUUUGCUCAUUCUCUCAAAUCACCCUUGUGUUGCUCUAGUUUUUUGUCAAGAGUUUGUCUAAAUUGUGGAGGUAAAAAAGCAUUUUAAGUAGUUUCUACACCCUAAUGCUAAGCAAACACAUUUCAGUAAACCAAAUGUAUUCAGUAAACCAAAAACAAGCUUUCCCGCCCACAGCGUCCGUCCCCCCGCGACACCCGACUCUUGUCACAAAUAUGACUUUCGUCACACACGGGCUGAAGAACAUGGAGCUAUUCAGAAACUCCUGGAAGAAGGUGCGCCCAGUGGUGGACUGAGCACUUUGUUUUUCCACAUGCCCGUGCUAACACGACUAAGUUCCUUUCUCCAGGACCUAGGCUCGGCAGUAGCGAGGGGGAGGGGCCAGACGGCAUGGCUAAGCGUGAAACGAUUCCUUGUAGAUGGGACUGUUGUGACAUGCCUCCCACACACCUUCCUUGCGCCUCUGCGUUGGCUUGCUGCCACAGCAUGGUCAGUGGUGGCUCCGGAAUGCCUCGAUUGCUGCUCUGGUUUCAGGGGAGAUUCUGCCAUUUGCCAGGAGCGACUUCAGCCCCCAGGCCCGGAGGCUGGGCCUUUCCCUGCAAAGUUAGCAGCUAUAAAAAGCAAGCGUUUGACUGCAUUUCCACCAGACUUGUAUAAUACACAUUUGGCCAAGUCACGUGUAUUAUUCAACUAUAUCAUCCUCGGAUAGGAUUAAGAUCUGUGGACAGGUUUUACUCUUUAAGCCCUGACAGAACACACAGUACAACACUGCAGUUCAGAAAGCAGGACAGGGAGUAAACAGCAUUGAAUACAUUGAUGUACUCCGCAUCAAUAUUUAAUUUGUGGGCUCUGAGUUGGCUAGAGGUCUGAGAGCUUCCUUUCCGUCCACGGGCACGUUCCACUUUUGCUCUCGCUCAAGCCGCUCUCCCUUAUCCCAGGCAUGGGAUCUGCAUGGGGUCUGCGUGAGCUCCACCCCUCCCAGCCGGCCUGCUGCCUAGCUGGCUACCCAAAAGCAGCAUGCACACGUGUGUGGCGGGAGGCUGCGCAUGCCCUUUCUCCGUCCACGAGAGGUGCAGAUUUAGCUCAGCUGGCUGCUUAUGCGUGUAAGGUGACAGAAAAGGCACCAUCCGUGCAUCCAUUUGCUUCUGAAUAACGGAGCAGAUGGUCGCUUGAAUCUCACAGUGCCCUCAGAGUCACUCCACUUUACCUCCAGCGCUCAUAUGCACCAGUUGCCUUCUGUGGCUGUUGAUAGCACCCGCUCUCAACACAAAUCGACUGUCAUAGAGUAGAUGGCGAGUUUGUAUUUAACCGUAUCAUUUUAUUUGUAUGAGGAGGGUUUAUAUGAGUUGGUGGAAGCCAUGGGUUUGUAUCCCAUGAUGCAGCCUUGCAUUGGUCCCAUAGUGCUAAUGUCUAGAAGCAGGGGCAUUCCCACAUAUAGAGCGUUUCACAUGAUUUGGGGGGGGGGGGGGUGUUCCUUAUUCUGUGACACUGGCGGCGCCUUCGUUCAUGGUAAUGCAAGUAUUGCACAGGCUUCUUUAGUUAUAGAUUUUAUGUUAAUCUAUGGGGUUGUGUCGAUAGUGAGCUUGACUGUGGUCCAUAAUCACUUCCAGGAACUUCAGCUAUAAGUUCAGAGCAUUUGAGGCAUUGAGGGUUUUUAUUUGUUGUGUUUUUCCCCCUUCACCUUCUGGAUGUGGUUGAGGUGACUUUUAAACAGGCAAAGUGAAGGCGUGUGUGUGUAUAUAUAUGUGUGUGUGUGUGUGUGUGUGUGUGUGUGUGGGGGGGGGGGGGGGGAUAGUAUAGAUAGGUGGUUGUUCUCCCAUCUGAUUGAACCUGCGAUUUUGAAUUGGUGUUCGUGAGAUGUUUUUGGAAUGACUGUGGUUGCUUGAGUGGUAGAACUUUAUGAAAAGUUUGUGGGGUUUACCCAGUUGAUGUGUAGAUGCAGAGUUUCAUGUGUUCUUUAUUGCAGUGUGAUCUAAAUGAGAUUUGGUAAACGUAAUCCUUGCUUUUGUGAUGGGCUCAGACGCCUUUCAGUCUCCACAUAAAAUCCCACGAACGGGGAGCCGAUUGUUGCCAAAACAAUAUGGCGCUACAUGUUUACCUGCAGAAAAGGGCUAGUUAAUAACAAACUUAGUUUAAAGUUCAUGUGAUUAUUGUGGAUGUCAGAUAUAUGAUUCUAAAUUUCAGAGCCCAUUACCUGGAACGUUGCAGUAGAAGGAUCACUGCUAGAUGGUGGGGCAGGUUUGAAAUGAUGCAUUUGUGGAAGUGGCCCCACAGGGCUCUGCCUUUUUGUUUAGUACUGUUUGUUCUUGUGUACAUAGAGAUGUACAAUACACCUGAUCUUUCUCUGUCCUCUACCUGUGGGAAUCUCCCUUACUUCUGUCUGGGGAUGUGCGUGGCAGCGAUGAGAGCUUCUCCUGUGCCUCUCGUGGUCCCAUCUUGCCAGACAGCUUGGACUUGGCAACAGAAACCGUAGCAACCGAUCCAAAACCCUACACUCGAGUUUUCCCCUUGAUGUUGACUGAGGUUGGGGGAAAGUCUAGUGCAGGCCCAUCAAUUUGAAGAAAUUUUGGUUUGGUUUCAGAAACUGCCAUACCACCCUUAGUGCAUGUCUCUCCCAAGAAUCUAGCCUGGAUCUGACCCUGUCCAGUUUCCACAACACAUCCAACUGGGAUGUUUACACUUUCUGUGCCUUGCUGUUCACAAUGAAAUUUUCUCAACGGAAAAUUCCCCCCCCCCCUCCCCCUCUCUCGCUCUCUCUCUCUCUCACCCUCACCCCCUCUUCUUCCCCUCCUCCUCUGUU